AGACACCACGGACCAGUUUUGAAAACUGAAGCCUACUUGAGUAGGGAUGUGUAAAGUAUGAAUCCAGUAAACUGAGGAGAAAUGGUCUGAAGUGUCGUCACCGGGAGAACAGAUUUGCAGAGAGUGGAAGUGUUUUGAAAAAAAUUAUGUGUGUAAAGGCAGCGAACGACGCAUCAGCACCAUCUCAGUGACGGACCUCAGUGGCAUGUGAAGGGAGAAAGUUGGCGAAAAUUUAUUGUAAUCGGGUAAAAGAUGUCAGAAGCCGAGAAAGACCUGGUGGCUAAAAUGCUGCGAGCAGUCCUGCAAUCAAGCAAAGAUGGUGUGGCCAUAACAAGGUUGCAGGGUGAAUAUAAGCAACUCACAGGUGAAGUGAUCCCACAUAGGCAGCUUGGAUUUCCCACUCUUGAUAACUACUUGAAAAGCAUUCCAUCAGUUGUGAAGUUUGGAAUGAAUAAAAAUGGAGAGAUUGUUUGCUUUGCUACUGUAAACAGUGAAAUUGCACACAUUGCUAAAUUGGUAGCUCGUCAGAGAACUCCUAAGAGGAGACAUGGUGGACAAACAUUGGUAAAUUCUCAAUUACGAUUAAGACGUGUCCUACCGGCCACACAAAUGGGGAAGCCUACAGAAACUUUAAGACGUCCAGAAUACAUUAACCAGCCGGAUCAAGGAAUCCGGCGGCCAACUAGUGUUGCAAAAGGAAAAGGCAGCAUGCCAGAAACAAAGACUAGCUUGGGAAGAGAGAUGCUUACUACAGAUUCCAAAGUACAAGCACCAGUUGUUGGUCUACUUAAGGAUGUUUCAGUUCGUAAACCUCUAUCUGCUACAGUUAAUAGAUCUGAGAAAAGACCACUUCUGACAUUCCCUCCCAGAUUCCAAAAGGAGCUCCAAGUGCAUUUGGCAAAAAACACUUCAAAUGAACAAAAUGCUGUUUGGAGCGAUGCCGUGGAUACAGGAAAAUAUGAUUCAUCAGCACUUCAGUCAAACCACAAUAGUGAGUUGGUGCAGUCCCGACUGAAAGAGAUCAUGUGCAAAUAUUCCAAUGGAAUUUGGUUCUCAAAAUUGCCACAGUUGUACAGAAAGAUGUUCAAUGAGGAUCUCCAGCAAGAUGUUUUAAAGCAGUUAGAACAAUGGACCCACGUGUGCACAGUUGAAAAGUCGGCACCUAGUGGUGUGGCAGAAUUGCUGCUUUAUCCUCCAAGAAGUGGCCAACAUCAAAGGAACCUGAUUUUCAACCAGAAAUCAAUUGACAAGAAACAGGAACCAUCAUUUACUAAUAAAACCGUAGCUCAAGAAAGAAAACCGAUUGCAGCUAAAAGCUUAGUUUCAAAGAACAUAGAAAUAAAACAAAAAAUCACUGAGCUAUUGCAAAGAUAUAGCAGUGGGCUCUGGGCUAAAGCACUUCCAAAGAUAUUUGAAGAGGCAUAUAAGAUGCAGUUCCCUCAGAAUAUUUUGGAUGAUCUUGAUUGCUUGUCUGACAUUUGCACUGUGGAUUAUGCAGUGUCGGGUGAUCGCAAAAAGGCAAUUCUCUAUGCAAAAAUUAAAAGUGAUGAGCAAAAUGAUAAACCCAAAGAAACAUUUUCUCCUGUGACACCCACUGCACUGGUGAAACCAGAACCAAACAAAGUCAUUGAGGAUCACAUUGAUGUGGGACUUCGUUCAAACAAAAACUCUUCGAAUACUGACCAACUGACAUUAACUGAAAAUGAAACAACUCCAAUUGCUGAGGAAUUUACAAAAAGUUGUUCAAUGCAGCCUACUCCACCUGCACUUAACAUUCCAGCAGAGCAAUUCCCGUCUGUAUUGGUAGUUGAGCUUCAUAACACCGAAGCUGUUAUCAGAUACAUUGGCCCAGAGUAUUCUGGAGCGCUUGAGCAAAUGGAAGAUUCCAUGAAAGAGUACUACACCUACACUGUUGACCUAAUGCCAUUGAGUUCACCAAAUGUAGGGCAACUUGUGGCUAUUGGUGCUGAAGAGGACGCCUGGUUAAGAGCACAGAUUGUUGCUAUGGAAGCAGAGAAAGUCAAGGUGUUCUUCGUGGACCAUGGGUUUAAUGAGGUUGUUGACAAGGCCAAGUUGUACAAGCUAGAUCGAAGAUUUUGCUCCUUGGCCUUUCAGGCUGCUAAGUGCAAACUGGCAGGUCUUGAAGCGUUCUGCAAAGAGCCAUGUGUAUUGGAAUCCUUUGAACUCCUGGCUAGUGGAAAGAUAUUGCUAAUGGAAAUCUUAGAAAGGAGCGAGGUUCCACUUGUUCUUUUGUAUGACACUUCGGGGGAUGAUGAUUUUAACAUCAAUACUGCAUGCCUGAAGGCUUUAUAUGACAAGAUACUUGGACUGAAUUUGAAGGAAAAUGGUGUAUACCUCAACGUAGUCGUUACCAACGUCUGUUCAGAUGGGACCAUCUACUGUCAAGUGCCCUCAAAGGGUUGGACCCAGCUCAAUGCCUUACUUGAAAAAGUUGAGCAAUAUUUUAACUACCGGCAAAUCACAUCGGAAUAUUUUGUCUCAUUACCUUUUUGUGGUAAGCGCUGUUUAGCACGAUGGCGAGGAAAGUGGACACGAGUGGAGAUUACCAAUGUACAUGGCACACGAGUUGUGGAUAUUAUAUUUUUGGACACUGGAAUAGUUGCAUCUGUUGCUGUAACGGAGCUAAGAGAAAUUCCGCCUCCAUUUCUGCACGACUCUGUUUCCAUACCACCUCAGGCUAUUAAAUGCUGCUUGGCAGAUCUCACGUUUAACAUUGGCAUGUGGACACCUGAUGCAGUAUUGUGGCUUAGAGACACCGUGUUAAAUUGCUCUGACUGCAGUAUUAAGAUUGUGAAAGUUGAUGAUACCAAAGGACUAGUUCAUAUUUACUUGUUUACUUCGAAAAAUUUCCCAAAUCCUGAACGUAGUAUUAACCAUAAAAUAACAAAUGCAGAUCUGUGGAAGCACCGGAAGGAUGUUUAUCUGGGCGUCGAACGAAGUUCUACUGGCUUUCCAAGCAAUAAAGGUGAUGCAAACAUUGCAUCAGAGUUUGAAACUAAAACCUCAGUGAAGGACUUUGGUAUUGCACCAAUCAAAAUGGUUGCCCCACACGUUAUACACAAUGCCCUUCCAUCUCCAUUCGUCUUGCCACAGCCUGGGGAGCACAUGGAUGUCUUCAUUUCUGUAGCUUGUCAUCCAGGCCACUUUGUUUUCCAGCCUUGGCAGGAACUGUACAAGUUAGAGGUUCUCAUGGAAGAAAUGAUACUGUUUUACUCCAGUACCGAAUGGCAGUGUAUAUCAGUCGAAAAGAACAAAAUAUUUGUGGCUCAGCUGGAUAACAAGUGGUAUCGUGUGCUGGUGAAAGGGAUUCUUACAAAUGGUUUGGUGUCUGUAUAUCAGUUAGAUUACGGCCGGCAUGAGCUGGUGAGCUGUAGGAAGGUGCAGGCGCUGGUACCACAAUUCCGUCAGUUACCUUUCCAAGCCAUUACAGCACAGUUAGCUGGUGUGAAAUGUGAACAAUGGUCAGAGGAAGCAUCGAUUGUUUUCCGUAACCAUGUUGAGAGGAAGCCUCUAGUGGCCCAAAUACAAACUGUUCAGGGUAGUGCAAAUCCCUGGGAUCGAAAAGUUGUGACUUACUUGGUGGACACAUCCCUUCCAGAUACAGAUGUCUGGAUACAUGAUCUGCUGACGGAAUAUCUUGCAGAGCUGUCAAAAGCUGCAUAAUCAUUGUUUACCUUAACAUUUUCAAAGUAACUUUAAUUUCUGACCAUUAGCAAUAACUGAUUUGAAAGCACAACACAAUCUAGUUUGCUGUUAUUUACAAGGUUUCAAAAUAUCUUGAAUGGUAUGAUGGUGAUGCUAUAAGAUUUGAAAGCCUCAUGCUUUUUCUGUAAAAAAAUAUAUAACAAUGAUUUGUUUGUUCACUUACAAUGUUUGGAUUACUGAAGGAAAUGUGUUCAUUGAAAAUGUGCUAUUGGUUUGCCACCAGCCAUGUAUUUGAAGUGAAGGGUUGUGGAGGAAUAAUAAACUAAUUAAUCAUU